CAUGAACAUGGCUUCUGCUAUGAAUAGGCGGCAUGCGACAAGGUAAUUUAACGAGUGUUUUCUGUACAUUGAGCGCAUAAAAAUGGACAACACGUAUCACCACGGCCCGCCAGGAACUCAGCCGCCUCCUGAGUAUCAUGGCGGCUACAUGGACACAGCGUACACCGCCGGCAGAGAAGCUGCGCAGGGAUAUGACGGACACGCCUUCGGUUUCAGGUGUAAUUUUCCUCCUCCUCCUCCGUCUCCAAGCGUUGGGGGGUUCGUACCUCCUCCCAUGGCACCUCCAUACGGUUUCGACCCCUCCGUCCCACCGCCUCCUCUCGGCUGUCACUUCCCUGGCAUCCCCCCUCACAACCCGGGUAACGCAUACAACAGCCCGGGAGCAGCUUUCCAUUCAUUUAACCAGCCUUUCUCACCUGCUCCACAAACUCACCAGUAUGACUACCACUCAGCUGCAGAAUCAGCUCAAAAUCAGCAGCAGGAGUAUCAACAUUUCCCUGAUAGAGCCAGAGGAGGUGUGUUCAGCCACAGCUCUUUUCCUCCUCCGGUUAGAGACACUGACAGGAGUGUAGGGACUGCUAAACAUCUGCAAGAUGAAUCAUCUCUGAAGAAGAAGCAGGAUGAACAGUGGGUCAAACAAUUCCUACAAAACAGAGGCAAAUCCUCCAAGAUCCCACAGAAGCAGAAGCCACAACAACAGCUGUGUGUUCCUGAGCUGAGAAAGACUGUGUCCAAUGCAGCUCAGCUCCUCUCUCAGCUCACACACACCUGCGAGAGCCUCAAACACAACCUGGAGAAUGACUCGGCCUGGACCGACUCUUACAGAUUGGCUUUAAAUGUCAAAACAGAGCUACAAGAGAAACUGAAAGCGCUUAGCGACAAACAGUAUAUAAGUAGCUUUAAAGAGAAAUUGUCUCGUAUUGCUAAGAGGAGGGCCCGCAGACUGAGGGCCAGGAAGCUGCUGGAAAUGGAGGAAAAGGAGAGAGAGGCACGCAUGGCAGAGAAAGAGGCUACUAUAGAUAAAUGGAGGAUGAAGAAGAUACAUGAAGUAGAGGAGAGGAAGAAGGAGCAGGAGCUGAAGCUGGCUGCAGACUCUGUUCUGUGUGAGGUACGAAAGAAGCAGGCGGACGUGAAGAGAAUGCAGGACAUCCUCAGAUCUCUAGAGAAGUUACGCAAACUGAGGAAAGAGGCAGCGUCCAGGAAAGGUAUCUUCACCGACCAAGAAUCUGACGAGGCGUUCGGCAGCCGGCUGGAGAAGCUGAGGUCUGUGAUGAAGAAGAGGACGGCAGUUUACUCAACAGAGGAGAAAGCUCUGAUGGUGAUGCUGGAAGGAGAGCAGGAGGAGGAGCGGAGGAGAGACCUGGAGAAGAAACUAAAGAAGGAGAGAGAGAGGCAGCUGCAGAGGAAACACAAAGUGGACGGCAUGCUGUUUGGAGAUGAUAUUCCUGCUAAUCCAAUCCUGCAGCCCUUCAGAGAAUACUACACCCAGGCUGAGCGCUCAAUGCACUCUUUAGUACAAAUAAGGAGAGAGUGGGACGUGUUCCUGGUGGGAGCGGAUCAUCCCGACGGUACCGCCGUUCCUCAGAACUGGGUCCUGCCAGACGCCCCGUCAGACCAGGCCUGGGCCUCGGCUCUGCUCAGCGCCGACACCGAGUGUGACGGCAUCUGACUGACUGUGUGUACUGUUGAGAUGUAACUGACAAAGAAAACUUGAAUGUGUCACAUCUGUUGUUCUUAUGACAGUGAACAGCGCUCCAAGAGAACAUUACAGAUG